UUCAUGGUUUAUAUGGCCAGCAUAAUGCUUAAAGUCUCAGUCUUUCGCUUUCUCUGCCACGUCAAGUUACUCGAUCGUGCAACAGCAUUUCGAUACCACAUGUAUCUGUGAUUCUGAUUUAUCUUUACGCUUUUACAUCAGUGUCAUGAUGCAGAGUGAUACUUCUAUUAAAGAAAAGAAAUUAUCAUGUUAUUGUACCGCGAUGCUUUCAUAGUUAGAAUUUAUCGAGAGGCGGUAAGAGGGGCUAGCAAUCCGUCUAACAAUUUCGAAAAAGAACAUUCUUGCAGAAAGUUUGAAAAAGAAGUGUUCCAACGACUUUUAGUUAAUUAAAGCGCGCAAUCAACAAUAAUUUUCUGAUUUGUAUAUCAUUAAAUAAUUUUCGUCACAUGUGUUUCUAAAUUCUCUUAUGGCUAAACGGCAAUCGUAUACAAUUACAGCCGCGAGCACUGUGAAAUCGCGAACAAGACGCAUGAUAAAAUAAAACAUUUUUUUUUUUUUUUUUGUUAAAGAUAAUUCUUGUAAGAUACAAAUGAAAAACAUCCGCGAAAAAAUAAACAAGAGGUAUUUGUGAAUUCGGAUAUUUGAAUAAACGUAAAUUUCGAAUAAGAUUAAUUAAUAGUACGACCAAAGCGAAAGAUGAGCGUCGCGACGGUAGUAAGCACUGCAAUAAAAACAGCCACUGCCCUCCUUGGCGUCGGUAUCGGUAAAAUAACUAUAAUUCCAGUAUUGAUCGCCGCGCUCGCGUACUUCAAUUACGAUCUCAUGGACCCGGAAAAUCAUCCACGCGUGACGAAACAAUUAAGAAAAGAUUAUGACUUUGUUAUUGUCGGCGGUGGUUCAGCUGGCAGCGUGCUAGCCAACAGAUUAACGGAAAAUCCUGAAUGGAACGUGCUUCUACUAGAGGCCGGAGGGCACGAAACCGAGAUAACUGAUGUUCCUAUUCUCUCAUUAUACUUGCAUAAGAGUAAACUCGAUUGGCAGUAUCGCACGCAGCCGCAGGAUACGGCUUGCCAGGCGAUGGUCGAUCGUCGAUGUUGCUGGACUAGAGGCAAGGUUCUGGGAGGCUGUAGCGUUUUAAAUACAAUGCUUUAUAUUCGCGGAAAUCGACGUGAUUUUGAUCAAUGGGAAAGUUUCGGUAAUCCUGGCUGGGGAUAUGAAGAUGUAUUGCCGUAUUUUAAAAAGUCACAAGACCAAAGAAAUCCAUAUUUGGCACGCAAUACAAGAUAUCACGGUACAGGUGGAUACUUGACUGUACAAGAUAGUCCAUAUGUCACUCCGUUGGGCGUAGCCUUUUUACAAGCUGGAGAAGAAAUGGGAUACGAUAUUUGUGAUGUCAACGGCCAGCAGCAAACUGGUUUCGCCUUCUUUCAGUUCACAAUGAGACGGGGCGCUAGAUGCAGCGCCGCCAAGGCAUUUGUACGACCCAUUCAACUUAGAAAAAAUUUUCAUCUCUCUUUGUGGAGCCAUGUAACUCGAGUGCUGAUAGAUCCGGAAAGUAGAAGAGCGUAUGGAGUAGAAUUUAUUAGAGAUGGUCGUAAGGAGGUGGUGCUUGCCAGAAAAGAAGUAAUUCUCUCAGCCGGUUCCAUUAAUAGCCCACAAUUAUUAAUGCUUUCCGGAAUAGGGCCGCGUAUACACCUAGAGCAAUUAGAAAUUCCCGUGAUUGAAGAUUCACCCGGAGUUGGACAGAAUCUGCAGGAUCAUAUAGCUGUUGGCGGACUUGUUUUCCCAAUCGAUUACAAAGUCAGCAUCGUGAUGAAUCGGAUGGUGAAUAUUAAUUCGGCUUUAAGAUAUGCUAUCACCGAGGAUGGCCCGUUAACGUCCAGCGUCGGCAUCGAGGCGGUUGGCUUUAUCUCUACCAAGUAUGCCAAUCAGAGCGACGAUUGGCCUGACAUUGAAUUUAUGUUAACAUCAUCAAGUACUAAUUCAGACGGUGGAAGCCACGUGAAAAGUGCUCACGGUUUAAGCGAUGAAUUUUAUAACGAUGUGUUUAGUAAAAUCAAUAAUCAUGACGUCUUCGGAGUAUUUCCAAUGAUGCUGAGGCCCAAGUCAAGCGGUUACAUAAGACUAAAAUCCAAGAAUCCUUUAGAUUAUCCAUUGCUCUAUCAUAACUAUCUCACUCAUCCAGACGAUGUCGCAGUACUUCGUGAGGGUGUUAAGGCGGCUGUUGCCUUUGGCGAGACUAGUAGUAUGAGAAGAUUUGGUUCAAGAUUUCAUAACAAACCAUUACCCAAUUGUAAGCAUAUUCCUCUCUAUACGGACGAAUACUGGAAUUGUGUGGUGAGGCAAUACACCAUGACGAUUUACCAUAUGAGCUGCACCGCCAAGAUGGGUCCGUCCAAUGAUCCAAUGGCGGUUGUAAAUCCAGAAUUGAGAGUUUACGGAGUCGACGGCUUACGGGUGAUUGACGCAUCUAUCAUGCCGGCCAUCACGAGUGGUAAUAUAAACGCGCCUGUCAUUAUGAUCGCUGAGAAGGGCGCUGAUAUGAUAAAGGCAAGGUGGAUGCAACCAUCUUAUUUCAACAGCGACAAUUUUACCGCCUCUGCCUCUUAACACAUCAAUCAAUCGCGUAAUUGUAUAACGUAAUACGCUAUAUAAUACGGACAUAUAUGUCUACUUUGGAUCAAAUAACUUUAAUUUUCUAAUUAAGUAGUAUUAUGUAUUUUCGCGGAAAAUAUUAGUUUCAAAUUUAAUAUCUAAAUAGCUUGUAAGAAUAAAAACCGAAUAGAAUAAAUGUUACUUGUGACUGUUCAAUAUUCGUAAUAUUGAACUUUUCUUAUAAAUAAAGAAUUUUUUCUGUAUAGGAUAUUUCUGAAUAUUUAGAAAUACAACUUACGUUCAGUAAUGCAAUAUAACAGUACAACAGAUAUACUCAUUGUAUCUGAGAGAUCCUCUAAUUCGUCGACUAUUUUUAUAAAUCAAUCAUCUUGCUUAAAAAAAAAAUAGCAUUUUCGUCAAAUGCAAAUGGAUUAAAAAAUGUGUUUAUUUAGUACGGAACGUUGGUAUCUCUUCAUUACAUCGAUAAAAACAUUAUAGAAAAUUCAAUACUAACCGCAAUAAAGUACGGAUACUGCAGUAGUUACUGCAGUGACAUACUUGUCACGUUAAAAUUAUGUUAAUUAAAAACAUUAAUCCAUAACUGUAACAAAAUAUUCAUAUAAUUAAAUCUUAGAUACUCGCGCGGAGACUAUCAAAAAUAUGUAUAAUUACAAUGUAAAUACUGCAAUGAGUAUGAGAUUUGCCAUAAUUGCGUCAGGAAUCAUACUGGUGAUUUCACUAUGUAUAAUAGAAGUGUUAACUAAAAUAAAAGUCCAAUAACCUAUUUUUUCAAAAAACAGAUUUUAUUAUAAAUAAAAUAAUCUUACU